AAGAGAUUUUUCCCCAUUCUUGGUGAUGUUUAUAUACAAUUUCUUACGUGUGGUUUGGAGUCUGUGAGCAGAUUUCUAGUUUUGAAUUCAUAUGAGUAAUUGUUUCCCAACUACCUCUGUGAUGUAUUUAUAUGUCAUUCAUAUUGAAUGAUGCAUGAGACCUACAUUUCAUUUUGUUUCCAGGCUGAGUUGAAUACGCAACUUGAACCAUUUCAUUGCGUUUCUUGCUAGUGAGGUUGUUAGUCAGUUUGCAUUUAGCUUGACAGCAUAUUGCUUUCCCUACAAUCCUACAAUGACCGUAACUCUGAGGCUUUCCGGUGUUCCAUUAUCAUUCCCUUUCAAUCUAAAUGAAAAACAUAGGUUGCAAUCGCGUGUUCACGUUAGGAGUGUAGGUAAUGAUGAUUCACCGGAAUCAAUUAGGAUCAGUGGUGUUUCUUCUGUAAACAAGAAGGAUGCCUAUGUAGCUGCAUAUGAUGUUGGAGGAAAAAAGAGUAGGCAAGAUGAUCAUGAAGAGUUGAAAGUAUUUUGGGAUGAUGGUUUUGGUACUCAAACCACUAAAGAUCUCCUUGAAAUGGCCUUGAUUUUGAUUAAUAGUGAUGGAGGGCCUCCUAGGUGGUUCUGCCCCAUUGCUUGUGGCAAACCUAUAAAAGAUUCUCCAGUUCUUUUGUAUUUACCUGGGAUAGAUGGGACCGGGGCCGGCCUUGUUAUACAUGAGAAAACUCUUGGAAAGGUUUUCAAUGUUCAAUGCUUGCAUAUUCCAGUUUGGGAUCGAACACCAUUGGAAGGUUUGAUUCAUAUUGUGGAAGAAAUUGUGAUGAUUGAGCACACUUUGUCCCCAAAUAAGCCAAUUUAUUUGCUUGGAGAAUCUUUUGGCGGAGCCUUAGCACUCUGCGUCGCUGCUCGCAAUCCUACAGUUGACUUAAUACUUAUACUAGCAAAUCCAGCAACUUCUUGUGAGAGGUCACCAUUGUUUUUUUUACCACCACUUAUUGAGGAAAUGCCCGAAGAAUAUUAUGGGAUGUUUCCUUAUGCCAUUAGCCCCCUUGUUGCUGAUUAUAUAAAGAUCUCAAUGAUUAAAUUCUAUGGUAGAAAUUAUGUGGAAUCUCUUUGGCAAUUGCUUGUCGGGUUUAGUAAAGAUCAAGCAAACCUUUCUGUGAUGCUCAAAAUAUUACCCAAAGACACACUCACAUGGAGGGUAAAGCUUGUUCGAUCAGCAGCUGCCUAUGCCAAUUCUCGUCUCCAUGCUAUUACAUCUCAAGUACUUGUGCUUGCUAGCGGCAGGGACAACAUCUUGCCAAGUAUAGACGAGGCCCGAAGGCUUUUAAGAUUAUUGAAGCACUGCGAUGUACGUGUGUUCGCAGACAAUGGGCACACAAUCCUAUUGGAGAGUGGUGUUAACGUGCUUAGUGCUAUUAAAACUACUUACAUGUACCGCCGUUCUUCAAAGCAUGAUAUCUUGAAGGACUACUUGCCUGCUAGUAUCACAGAGUUCAAAACAUCACCUGUAGAGAGUUGGUGGUUUCGUCUUUAUAUCGAUGCAGUAAUGUUCUCAACCAUGGAAGAUGGGAAGAUAGUAAGAGGUCUUGCAGGGAUUCCAGAUGAAGGGCCUGUAUUAAUUGUUGGUAAUCACAUGUUAAUGGCGUUUGAUGUUUUUCCGCUUAUCGCGGAGUUUUUGAGAGAAAAGAAAAUCACUCUUCAUGGUUUAAGUCACCCGGAACUUUUUGAUAUCGAUGUCGAACAUGAGUACUAUAUGAUUCCCAUUAUUGAUCUACUGAAGCUAGGUGGCUCGAUUCCGAUUUCUGGAAGAAACCUUUUCAAAUUGUUAGAGAAAAAGUCGCAUGUAUUACUUUACCCUGGUGGCAUACGGGAGGCUCUCCAUCGUAAGGGUGAAGCUGGCAAGUUGUUUUGGCCUGAUAAACAAGAGUUUGUAAGAAUGGCAGUGAGGUUUGGGGCCACCAUUAUACCAUAUGGUAGUGUUGGGGAAGAUGACAUAUUAGAACUAAUUGUUGAUUAUAAUGACAUGAAGAGAAACCCUCUUCUCAACUACAUAGUGAAUGAAUUUAAUCAAGGGAAGAAAAACUUGAGGGAGGGGGUCGGAGGAGAAAUCGCAAAGCAACCAUUUCACAUACCGAUAGUUGUGCCCAAGCCACCCGGUAGAGUCUACUUUAAGUUCGGGAAGCCUAUACGAACGAAAGGAAAGGAACAUAUGUUAUACGACUAUGGUUAUUUGCAAGAGUUAUAUUUGCAGGUAAGAAGUGAUGUUGAAAAGAAUAUAGCUUAUUUGUUAAAGAAGAGAAAAGAGGAUCCUUAUAGAAGUGGUGUUCAAAGGCUUUUGUGGCAAAUGAAACAUGGAUCCUUGGAUCAAAUUCCAUCUUUCGACCCGUAAAUGUUAAGUCAUCCAUUGUGUAAUUCGUCGAAUGCAUUACCAUCAAAACAUUGUAUAACCGAACUUUAUAACGUUAACAUGGUUAGCUUCGGCACAAGUUUUUAUCCUUGUCAA